GUUGCGCGAGCUGGCUCAUAACUACAAAGCAAUGCACUGGAGUAUGGAUGUGAUGCAGACAGAUGUUUUGUUCAUACCUACAUACGGAUGCUCACUGGCGUUAACUGCCUGCGCAACAGAACACUACGAUCUCGUUAAACAGAACACUCGCUUUGCUUUCUGCACUUUGUGCCUUAAUUUUUGUGCCACUCAGUGUUGAAUGUUUUUUUUUUUUUUUAAUUGUGUUGUAGCCGUAAGCCAUAAGCCGUAAUGCGUGGAGCACGCGCUAAAAGUAAAUGGAGUCUGAUGGUAUGGAUCGUUGUGACGCUGAGUUGCGUGUUUAUAUUCUGUGAAUAUGUGGUCUACUUCCCUGUUAUUCUGCGAUGCUCGUGGCCGGAGAUGGCGGAGAAACGGGACCCUCUUCGCGCUCUCUUCUUAUCUGAUCCUCAUUUGCUCGGAGCCAUCAGGGGACACUGGUUCGACAAACUGAGGAGGGAGUGGCAGAUGGAGAGAUCUUUUCAGACAGCACUGGUUCUGCUCAGGCCAGAGAUGGUCUUUAUUCUGGGAGAUGUUUUUGAUGAAGGCAAAUGGAGCUCCACUAAGGACUGGGAAGAUGAUGUAAGGCGCUUUAAACAGAUCUUCCAUCACCCCAACAACACAGAACUUGUGGUCCUCAUUGGCAACCAUGACAUUGGAUUUCAUCAUGAAAUGACCUCCUAUAAACUUGAGCGUUUUGAGAAAGUUUUCAACGUGACAUCAGCACAGAUGCUCACCAAGAGAGGAGUAAAUUUCUUAUUGGUGAACAGUGUGGCACUACAUGGAGAUCACUGUCCCAUCUGUCAGAGUGUGGAGGACAAACUUUUCAGUUUCGCACAGCAACUUAACUGCUCCACACAGUCUGAUGCUACAAGGCAUCAUUGCAGGGACAUACAGACACAUGCAUCAACGCCGCCCAUCAUACUUCAGCACUACCCUCUGUAUCGUACCAGUGAUGCUGAGUGCACAGGUGAAGAUGCAGCACCACUCAAUGAACGCUAUCAGCCCUUUCAGGAACGUUAUGACGUACUCUCUCAGGAUGCCUCAAAGAAGCUACUGUGGUGGUUCCAGCCCCGCCUCAUUCUGAGUGGCCACACCCACAGCAGCUGUGAGGUUUUCCAUGAGAAUCGUUUCCUGGAGAUCAGCGUCCCAUCUUUCAGCUGGAGGAACCGCAACAAUCCCAGCUUCAUCCUGGGCACCUUCUCCCCUUCUGAUUUCGCACUGUCUAAGUGUUUCCUGCCAGAGGAGAGCAGUAUUAUAGCAGUAUACUGCAGCAGUGCGGUUGUGAUUGUGCUGAUCACACUUGGGCAUCUGCGUCUAUUCCAAGGAGCACUCCAUGUAGCAAACAUCCUUCUGGACAAGAAAAAGUCUUUGUGACACACACACACACACACACAACCUUAUGUGUAUACAUGGUCAGAUUGUACAAUUGUGUGUGCAUAGACCAAUUUACAAUUUUUUUUAAUUUACAAUGCUUUCAGGAAACUGAGCACUGAUGUACCCAAGAGACAAUUUUAGAUACUGCUAAUACUGUUAUGCUACAUUUAUACUUGUACAUUUUAUUUAUAUAUGCAUUUUAUUAUACUGUGAAGAAUCAUGUCCACCUAAGUUAACAGAUUUUGUGUUGAUGUUUUACAUUAAUUUGUCUACUUAAUGGUCCACUUUUAAAUUCCACUUUGCCCUAAUUACACACCAAGCUAUUUGCCUUUUUUUUUUUAAAUAAACAAAGAAGUGUUUUCUUUGACUGGAGUCUUACCUGGAAAAACGGAAAUAAAAUAAAACAUCUACUGUAUAUC